AUGAAGAAUCAUAUACGUGGCCUACUGCAUUUAUCUUUUGUUGCUAUUGCGCAUUCCCUGCCUAUUGCCGCCCGCGGCCAUAUGCCUGAAGUCGUCGAGAAAGACGACUACUGGUUCGAUAUGGCGGUGUCGGCUGUUCUCGUGCUCUUGGGUGGUGUGUUUGCCGGAUUGACAAUUGGCCUGAUGGGCCAAGAUGAGGUCUAUCUUCAGGUGGUUGCCGAAAGCGGUGAUACCGAAGAACGCAAACAUGCUUCUAUCGUUCUCGACCUACUUUCCAAGGGCAAGCACUGGGUGCUGGUCACUUUACUGCUUUCUAACGUCAUUACCAACGAAACUUUGCCUAUUGUGCUUGAUCGUGUCCUCGGGGGCGGCUGGCCUGCUGUCGUUUCGUCCACAGCGGCCAUUGUCGUGUUUGGCGAGAUCAUUCCUCAGUCUCUGUGUGUCCGGUACGGUCUCAGUCUGGGCGCCUGGUUUGCGCCAUACGUCAAGGCACUCAUGUACAUCACAUACCCGCUCUCACACCCAAUAGCCUUGCUCCUAGACUAUGUUCUAGGAGAGGAUCACGGCACCGUCUACAAGAAGGCCGGUCUCAAGUCUUUGGUGACCCUGCAUCAUCACAUGGGUGUUGAGAGAUUGAAUGAGGACGAGGUGACUAUUAUUUCGGCAGUUUUGGAUUUGAAAGAAAAACCGAUCGCCUCCAUUAUGACCCCUAUUAACGAUGUUUUUGUGCUGGCAAGCGAUACAAUUCUCGACGAGGAUAUGGUUGAGAAAAUCCUUCUUACUGGGUUCAAUCGUAUCCCUAUUCAUGCCCCAGGUCAACCCCGUAACUUUAUUGGAAUGCUGCUGGUCCGCAUUCUUAUCACAUACGAUCCAGAGGACUGUUUGCCUAUUUCUGCAUUUGCCCUCGCUACUUUGCCAGAGACUGACCCUGACACUUCUUGUUUGAAUAUUUUGAAUUACUUCCAGGAAGGAAAGGCCCACAUGGUCGUUGUCUCCACUGCCCCUGGUGAUGUGGCCGGUGCCAUUGGUGUUGUGACGCUUGAGGACGUUAUUGAAGAGCUCAUUGGUGAGGAAAUCGUCGAUGAGACAGAUGUUUUCGUCGACGUCCAUCGUGCCAUCCGCCGCCAGCACCCUGCUCCUUUGUUGAAGAACCCAAACGUUUCUCGCGGGUUCGUUUCGCCCAGUGGGAACCUCAAGAAGCUGUUCCCUAUGAACCGUGCCUCAAACCCCAUCACAACCUCGAAUGCAAAGAUAACUAUCAAGCACCAGAACGAGGAAGCCAGCAGACUGCUUGCUGUGUCCGAUGGCCAGCAAAACGGUGGAGAUGAAAGGAUGGGGUCACGAUCAUAUGGAUCAACAAACCUCGCUCUCUCGCCGUCGCCUGGCCCAGCGGGUAACGCCCAUCACCGCCGCGCGCACUCCAAUGGGUCUAUUAAAGUUCUUAAUCCAGGCGAUGAGAAUGAGUCCAAGGUCGUGAGCUCAGAGGCCGAUGCGGUUAGUGCGAAUCUACGAGUAUCUCCGCCUGAGGAACCAGCCGACGAAGAACAGUUGUCACACAGUUAUCGUACAGGCGUGUUUACUGAGUCAGUUGUUCGGGUUGGAGGGUUCAAUAAGGUGGUCAUUGCCGAGCCUUCGGAUGAAGACAGUACUUCAGGAUCUUCGUAA